AUUUAUUGGUGUGUUCCUAGGUUUUUGAUAUCUGUUGAUUUAUUUUUUGUUGUUGUUGUUUUGUUUGGAUUCCUUGAUGGUAUUUUCUUGUUGGUUAUUUAUUUAUUUUGUUUGUCUAUCAUAUUUUGUUGGGGUUAAUUGGUGGUUGAUUUGUGGGUUUGUUUCAUUGGAUGGCACCCUGGGCACCUGCAAUAUAUUUGGGUGGGCGGUGCUCAGGGGACCAGCAUGCACCGGGGUGGGCCUAUGGUUUUGUACCAGAGCAAGAGAGGCAAUAGGAAAAGGCCCUUGUUCCUUUUUUAUUCGUUUUGCUUGCUUGGUAAUAAAAGGAAAGAAGAAACGGAACAGGAUUGUUUGGACUGACUCUUUUGCCUGCGUGAAACAAACCCAUGGUGCAUCAGUGGCCGUUUGAUUAUAGGUUACGUUUAUUGUUUUGGAGAAGGACAAAUAGCCACUACACAAAGUACAAAACCCGCCCUUGGAUAAAGAAAAGAACCCAUCAAUAAUGGACUCGUUGGACUCUUUUGGACCUUGGAUGAACGAAGCUCACGAAUUGUUUUAUUCAUCUCCCAUCUGAAAUCGUGUUAGCUUCAAACUACGCCUGGCCCACACCAGCGACACACUCAGCUUGGCCAUCAGAAACUGGUAUGUGUUACUGCAAAAGCUGCAUUGGAAAACGGUGAUAACUCUGAGUUAAGUCGGCUAUUAAGCGCUACUUUACGCAGAAGUGCUGGCGUAUUUCAUUCAUUAAAUCUACAACUCCAGUGCGCAUCUAUGCUUGCAAGAGUGGCUGUGCUGCCAGUGAGGAUUAUAUUUGGCCUUUUACCCCCUCGCCUUCUGAAUUAAAUGGAAUGGUUGACGGACUAUAUGAUUAAAGAUGUCUGAUGUUAAUACAGGGUCUCAGAAGGAUGUUGAAAUACCAGCAACAAAAAGGAAUAUUAAAUGGACAUCGAAAGGAUUGAGUUUUUACAUAAAAACGUGUCAAGACAAAAGGAGUGUCAAAUGUAGACAAGCCAAAGGGUAUAUGGAAAAAAUCCGUGAGUUGAUGGAAUCAAACGAAAACGUGAAAACAGUUAAUUCUGAACUUUGUAAGUUUAUUGGUUGUUAUCAAGACGCCCAUGACGUGCAUGAAUCGUUCAUGGAUUUACCUUUACCAGAAGAUGAAGCUGCAAAGCAAACGGGUUAUUUUCAAGCAAAAAUGACAAUGUACUGUGAUUUUACCGACAAGGUAAAGGCAUGGUUAAUUGAAGCCGGAAAUCCAUAUGUGCAGCCGAAUAAAGAAUGUCCUGAUCAGGAUGUUGCAGAUCUGGAGGAAAUAAAUCCUGAAGACAGUGCUUCUAACAUAUCACGUGCAAAAUCAAAGUCUUCCAAGCAUUCACAGGUAUCACGCAUUUCUUCUACAACAUCUGCACGCAUAAAAGCUGAAGCGGAUAAAGCGGCACUAAUGGAGCGUGUUGCCGCGCUGAAAAGGAAACAUCUAAUUGAAGCUCAGGAGGAACAGUUAAGGAAGCAAAAGGAGCAGCUGGAACUCGAAACAGAAUUGGCAGCAACAAGUGCAAAACUUCAUGUAUUGGAAAUCAACUCAUCUCAAUGUGGUUCAAAUCGAUCCGAUGGCAUGAACUCUUAUUUUGAAAGGAACUGUCAAAGCACAAGUAAACUCAACCCAGAUGCCGACACAUUCCUGCCGAAUAAAAAGGAUGCAAAGGACAACGUUUUGAUGCCUUAUUCUAUAUCUCAACCACAGGUUGUUGGUUCCAAACAAAGGUCACAUACCCAAAGGAAUGAAAUGUUAAUUAAUGCUGAGGUUCCAACUCAAGCUGCACAAAGAAGGAAUGAAACUCAAACUCAUCCAACUGACAUUACCACCAUAAUGCAAAGACAAAAUGACAUCACUUCCCUCCUGGUGCAGCAGAAUCUAUCCUCGGCCCUUCCAUCAAGAAAUAUCCCAGUGUUUGAUGGAGACCCUUUUCAAUACAGGUCUUUCAUUAGAGCCUUUGAAAAUGGAGUGGAGGAGAAGACGGCUAAUUGGAACGAUCGUUUGCACUUCCUUGAACAAUACACCAGGGGGCAGCCAAGAGACCUAGUGCAAAGUUGUCAGCACUUACCUGCGGAGCAAGGAUAUUGCAGAGCCAAAAAUCUUCUCGCCGAACACUUUGGAAAUGAGCAUAGAAUUGCCACUGCUUAUAUGGAAAAAAUUCUCAACUGGACACCUGUUAAAAGUGAGGAUGUUAAAGCACUACAGUCAUUCUCCCUUUUUCUUAGAGGAUGCUCAAAUCUGACAGAACAGUUUAUGUAUAUGAAAGAGCUGGACUUACCAUCUAACAUGAGGAGCAUCAUUCUUAAACUGCCAUACAAAUUACGGGAAAAAUGGAGGAAUGUUGCUUGUGAUUUGCUGGAGCGACGUGGUCAAAGAGCGGUAUUCACUGAUCUUGUCACCUUCAUUGAAAGACAAGUCAAAAUAGCCUCGGAUCCACUUUUUGGCAACAUUCAAGACUCGCAACGUACCAACUUCAAGGCUUCCAAUAGUAAUCACACAAACCAAAGGAAAAAGCAAAGCAGUUUUGCCACUAAUGUCACUGAAGUACAAGAUGGAGGUACAUCUCAACAUACAAUAACUCAAGCCAAAGUACCUUUCGUGCAAAAUUGUCUGUUUUGCUCUCAAAGCAGUCAUUCCUUGGACAAGUGCUCACAGUUUGAAGUGAAAGUACACCGGGAUAAAAUUACCUUUCUAAAGGAAAAGGGCAUUUGUUUUGGUUGCCUGAAGCUAGGCCACACAAGCAAAGACUGUAGGAGUCGUUUGGAUUGCAAUGUGUGUCACCAAAAGCACCCGGGAGUCCUUCACAUACACCGACAGGAUACAGGCACAUCCUCACCACAAAGGCCAAGUACUGUGAACCCUUCAAGUGUUUCUGCAAAGCUGUCUCAGACCUGUGGCCAUAUUGGGGCCGGUUGUGAAGAUGACUCUGUCUUUUCUAUUGUUGCAGUCAAGGUCAAGAGUCAGAAAAAUAAUCAAACUGUGCAAACAUAUGCCUUUUUGGAUCCAGGAAGCUCAGGUACAUUCUGCACAGAUACUCUGGCAAGGAAAUUGAACUUAAGAGGUAAAAAGGCAAGUAUUCUGCUAAGAACAAUGGGCCAAAGGAAAAUAGUAAAUGCUCAGAUUUUGUCAGGACUUGAAGUGUCUGGUAUGGAUGGGAAUGACUUCAUUGAGUUACCUGAUGUUCUAACCCAAAGGACUAUGCCUGUGUCUGCAGUAAAUAUCCCACGACAGGAGGAUGUGGAUCAAUGGUCUUAUCUGAAAGGUGUUAAGCUCCAUGACAUCGAUGCCGACGUCGAAUUACUUAUCGGUACAGAUGCCCCAAAGGUAAUGGAGCCUUGGGAGCUGAUAAACAGCCAGGAUGAAGGGCCCUAUGCAGUAAGGACCAGGAUUGGUUGGGCCAUUAAUGGUCCACUGCGCGGUGGAUCUGACGGUAGGGGUAAGAGUGUCUGUCCUACUGUAACAACAAACCGAAUCUCUGUUGAUCAUCUGCAAGAAAUGCUGGUUAAGCAAUACAAUCAUGACUUUAAUGAGAAAUCAUCAGAGGAGAAGAUUGAAAUGUCCAGAGAAGACAUCAAGUUCAUGGAUCUUAUGAACAAUACCGCAAACUUAAUAGAAGACCACUAUUGCAUCGACUUACCUUUCAGACAGGAAAAUCCCAUGAUGCCAAACAAUCGCUGUGUUGCAGAACAGCGCCUCCAGAGCCUGAAAAGAAAGUUCAAUAAAAAUGGACAUUUUAAGGAGGAAUAUGUCGCAUUCCUGAAUGACAUGAUCAAUAAAGGAUAUGCAGAAAGGGUACCUGAUGACCAAAUGAGACAAAGUGAUGGAACGCUUUGGUACAUCCCCCAUCACGGUGUCCACCAUUCAAGGAAAGGUAAACUGAGAGUUGUGUUUGACUGUGGAGCUGUGUAUAAAGGAACAUCUUUGAACAGCCAGCUCUUGCAGGGUCCUGAUCUUACCAGCUCUCUCAUUGGAGUCCUCCUCCGAUUUCGGCAAGAACCUGUGGCAGUAAUGGCAGACAUCCAAGCCAUGUUUCAUCAAGUUCGUGUCUCAGUCAAGCAUGUUGACUUUCUCCGCUUCCUCUGGUGGCCUCAGGGAGAUACUGCACAGUCUCCAGUAGAACAUCGAAUGAAAGUACAUCUGUUUGGGGCUGUAUCAUCACCAAGUUGCGCAAAUUAUGCUUUGCGGAGAACAGCAGAUGAUAAUGCACAACAUUUCUCUUCUGAUGUAGUGAACACAGUCAAAUGCAACUUUUAUGUGGAUGAUUGUUUGAAAUCCAUGGCAUCGGAAGAAGAGGCAGUGCAAAUGGUAAAGGAUUUGACUGCGCUUUGUCAGAAAGGAGGAUUCAAUCUUUCCAAGUGGAUCAGCAACAGCCGCAAAGUGCUAAUGUCAAUUGCAGAGGACAGCAGAGCAAAGGAGAUCAUGGACUUGGACUUGGAUACAGACCAACUUCCAGUAGAGCGAGCACUGGGACUACAGUGGUGCAUUGAAUCUGACAAAUUCAAAUUCAGGACGUCUGCAAAAGAACAGCCACAGACCAGAAGAGGUAUUCUGUCAGUGGUCAGCUCAUUGUAUGACCCUUUGGGAUUUUUAGCUCCAUUCAUUUUACCAGCCAAGUUGCUUCUCCAGGAACUAUGUCGGAGGAACCUGGGCUGGGAUGAAGCCAUAAUGGAGUUCUCCCGUAAGAAAUGGUCCAACUGGCUUGAAGAUCUCCAAAAGGUAGCAGAGUUUGAGGUGGAUCGCUGUUUCAAGCCCAGAGAAUUUGGAGACCACGUCGUUGCACAGCUUCAUCACUUUUCCGAUGCAAGUGAGGUUGGAUAUGGAACAGCAUCCUACUUGAGACUACAAACUAAUGGUAAAGUUUAUGUUUCAUUUCUCUUGGGAAAAGGUAGAGUUGCUCCACUCAAGCAGAUGACAAUUCCUCGCUUGGAACUCGUAGCUGCAGUUCUUGCUGUUAGGGUUGCUAAGCUGCUGCAAAAGGAGUUGCAGCUUCAACUGAAGGAAUCCGUUUUUUGGACUGACAGCACGACAGUCCUUAAAUACAUACGGAAUGAAACCAGCCGAUUCCACACCUUUGUGGCAAACAGAGCAGCUUACAUCCGAGAAGCAACUGAUGUGGAUCAGUGGAGGUAUGUGAGCUCUAAAGAGAAUCCAGCAGAUGAAGCCUCUAGAGGAAUGAGAGCUGAGGAUUUCCUAAAAAACAGGAGGUGGAUAAUUGGACCAGAGUUUCUCUGGAGGCCAAAAGAGGAAUGGCCUAAAUUGGAGGUGGAUCUUGAUGGAGUUCCUGUAGAUGAUCCAGAGGUUAAAAGGAACCUGAUGGUGAAUGCUGUUAUCAAGAUCCAGGAAAAUGCCACAACCAGCUUAAUCAGUUACUUUUCCAGUUGGACGAAGCUAAAAACUGCAGUUGCUUGGUUUUUAAAGAUCAAGAUGAUUCUCAAGAUUCUGUGCAGGAAGAGGAUGGAAUUUUCUGCUGUUCCAUGUCAAAAGGUUGAAGGAAGAAUGCAGAGUUUCAAGGUCACACUCAAAGGACAGAGUUUGACGCCCGAGGAUUAUGACAAAGCAGAGAAAGCAAUUGUGCAAUAUGAACAAAGAGAGAGGUUCAAGGUUGAGGCAAUAUUAAAUAACAGACCUAUCACAAAGGCUUCCGACGACCCGGAUGACCUUGAAGCACUCACUCCCAAUCACAUCCUGAUGUUGAAAGGCAAACCUAUCAUGCCACCAGGACUAUUUGACUCAAAUGAUCUGUACCUCAGAAAAAGGAGAGACAAAAGUGGACAAGGCCAAGAAGGAGUCUCACCACCGGAGACAUCGUCCUUGUGGCAGAUGCUGCGGCUCCAAGAGGAUCAUGGAUGAUGGGGAAAGUUUUGGAUGUCAAAUCGGAUGCUAAGGGACUGGUGCGCUCUGUGCGUCUUCAAACAAAGACCAGCAUCCUGGAGAGGCCAGUGACGAAGCUCUGCCUGCUAUUGGAAGCAGCAGU